AUGUCCACAAACUUUUACGCUCAGCAUUCAAAGAAUUUUUUGCAGCUAUUCGAAAGUGACAAAAACUUUGACCUCAUUUUAUAUGCAGGUUGUGAACAAGAUAGAAAAGAAUUCAAAGUACAUACUCAAAUACUGUGCGCUCAAUCAACAUAUUUUCAAGCUGCAUUAUCAAAAAAAUGGCUCAAAAAGAAGGGUGAUUGUUAUGUUUUUGAAAAAGCCAACGUCGAAGCCGAUGUGUUUGAAAUCAUUCUAAGGUAUCUGUAUACGGGAGAAGUGAAUAUAGACAAGUGUGAUGGAUCUCAGAUUCUCAAAUUGUUGGUUGCAACGGACGAGCUGGAUUUGGGUGAUCUCCUUCAAUUUGCGCAAAUUUAUCUUAUUAAAUCAAGAGAAUCGUUCAUAAUUGAACAACCAGUCCGAGUGCUGGAAUCAAUUUUCCGACUUGAAUCGUGCAAAACGCUUAGACUCUUUUGCCUUGAUGAAAUUUGCAAGAACUAUACGUAUCUGUUCGACUCGGACGAUUAUUUGACAUUGGAAAAAGACAUAUUCGCUCAGAUAUUGCAACAGGAUAAAUUACAUAUAAAAGAAGUUGAAUUAUGGAAAUGUGUUUUGAAAUGGGGCGCGAGCAGACAUCCUGAAUUAAAACCUUCCCCAACAGAAUGGUCGACAGAUGAUGUGAAUCAAAUGAAGAAGACACUAGCCGGUCUGAUUGAGCACAUUCGAUUUUUUGCAAUAUCCGCAGGAGAAUAUUAUGACGAAGUUAGGCCAUACAGAAAGCUAUUCUCUAAAAAAUUAAGAGAAGAAAUGUUGCAAUUUAUUAUGUUGCCAUCCAGAAAACCGAACGAUAUUAUGACAAAAGCUAGAGGCAAACCGUUAAAUUCGAGAUUAGUUGGUUAUUCUGUCAUGGCUCUUAUUGCUGGAUGGAUUGAUUCAAGGAAUACCGCCUAUGACGAGAUUCCCUAUGAGUUUACACUUAUCUAUCGGGCAAGUCGUGAUGGAUUUGAUGACCAAAAAUUUCGCAACAUGUGCUCCUCCAAAGGCCCAACUGUUGUCAUUGCCAAAGUUACGAAUAAUCCAAAUAUAUUCGGCGGCUAUAAUCCUUCACAUUGGCCUAAUUAUAAUUCAGUUGGCUCUCAAUCUUAUAGCAAUACAGAUAAUAGUUUCAUUUUUGAGAUGUCUGAUGGAAAGUCGACCGCAGGAGCACGCAUUGGUAGGCUCGUUUCUGGAAAUAGACAUGGAUACUAUAACAACUACCCCGAUAUGCGAUAUUGCCACAGUCAUGGUCCAUCUUUUGGUAGCGGUUUUUGUAUUCGCGGACGCGCAUUGAGUUCAGAUACUUCAGCGAAUAAUUAUUAUCGGUAUGGAAUUGGAUACAGUAUUGCAAAUGGAACUCUUGAGGAAUACGAAGUUUUUACAGUAAAAAGAGGUUAA